UCUUUAUGGAACCAUGGAGUGUAUCCAAAGUCCCACCCCUUCUCUGCAUAAACAUCACUACACCUGAUCCACGCGACAUAUCAGGGAAUAAAACUCACUGUUCUCCGUCAGAACUUAACAAAGCGCCAUGGAAGAAAACACAUAUAUUAUUCUACAUAAAAUAGACGAGGGUGCAUUUGGAGAUAUCUUAUGUGUGCAGAGACUUAAAGACCACAAAUUGCUGGCUAUGAAACAGAUUCUGUACAGAGGGGAUAUUUCUCGAGACCCUUAUAUUACACAAGAACUAAACAAUCUGUCAAACAUAAAGCACGAGUUCAUCAUCGUGUUAAUAGAGGCUAUUAUAACCGAAAAAAGUGUAAACUUAAUCAUGGAAUUAGCAGAGAACGGAAAUCUGGAAGAUUUAGUUAGAGAAAACAAACUAGACAGUGACCAACUGUCAGUCAUUUUAAAACAAUUGUUAACAGCUCUUAAUUUCUGUCACAAGAGCAAGAUUGCACACCGUGAUGUGACGCCGUAUAACAUUCUGUUGACCAGGGAUAUGAGUGUUCGAUUGGCUGAUUUUGGACUCUCGGUACCAUGUCGUGAUUCUGACGACAAAGUAAUUCUUUGUGACGAUUAUCUUGGACAUUUACAUUACACGGCACCGGAAGUACUGAUGAAGGCUCCGUACGACCCCCUCCAGGCUGACUUGUGGAGUUUUGGAAUAGUGACCUACUUUAUGAUUCAUUCAGCCAUCCCCUUUGUCGGAGAGGAGGAAGACAUUGUGUCACAACAAACAGAUGAUCAAAUUGUGAGGGAGACAAUCAAUAAAGGGCAUAAAGGGCAUAAAGGGUUAAAUGACACUUUAUUCGGAAUAUUCAAAGUUGUAAUGAUAAACGUUCUGCGAGCUGUUCCAGAGAGGCGCUGCCAAACAGGUGACUUGCUUAAACUUAUCAAUAAUGAAACGUAAGAAAUAGGGCUAAAUAGAAAAGAUAUGCAACAUUCCCUGUAAUUUAUAACAUCACUUGUUAAAUGC